CAAUUGGGAAGAUGUCGCAUUGUGUGACAGCGGCGAUGAGCACACAACCGCGUCAGAUCGGAAGUAAAGCGGAAUCGAAGCGAGACUUGGAGAUAAGGCAGAUUAGGCUCAGUCGUCAAAGUUUGCCUCAACACAUCUCACGAACGACGAUGCCACGCCAGGCGCCAACACGAGCGCAGAGCUUUGUAACGGGGGUGGUAGUACCUCUGCUGUCUCUCUGUCUCUUGCCCGUGUCCAUUCUCGCAGUAGCUGUCUGUUUGCUCCGAGAUCGCCUGACUCCAAGGCUCAAACAGACUCCGAAGACUCAGCGAUGCGUCAUCAUAAGCGGAGGACGAAUGAGUAAAGGUCUUCAUCUCGCCCGAGCAUUCAAGCGAGCAGGAUGGAAGGUCAUCGGCGUAGAGGAGACCGGCUGGGGCGAGCUCUGUCCCAUGCGAUUCUCUAAAGCGGUCGAUUCGUUUCAUCUUGUCCGAUCACCAACGACCUCGUUUGAGCAGCACAAAGCUGCUAUCUGUGCCAUCGCUUCGUCCCACAGAGCCAGCCUCUUCAUACCUGUCUCUGGUGUCGCUUCGUCCGUCCAAGAUGCCAUGCUCGCUGAGGCUCUCAAAGAGCAUACUAAAGGCGUAUGUGAGACGUUUAUCCAGGACCAAGAGACUAUGGAGGAUCUGCAUGACAAGGAUCGGUUCAUAUCGUUACUUGUUCGCCUAGGGAUACCGACUCCGGCCGGUACCAAAGUUACAGACGUCGAUCAAGCCAUCGCAUUCUUUCGAGGACAGACCGAUCAAGAGCCCAGGUUCAUCAUCAAAUGUCUUGGAUUGGACGAGAAUCGUGGUGAUAUGACAUUGUAUCCUUUGGCCAGAGACGACGAGAAACUCACACGGACACGCCUUGCGCUGGAGAGCUUGACGACAAGGAUCACGAAGCGAGAUCCCUAUGUCCUUCAAGAGUUCAUCACGGGUCAAGAAUGGUGCACACACGCCUCAGUCAUUGACGGACAAAUCACUUCUUUUGUCACUUGCCCUUCAAACGAUAUGCUCAUGACGUACGAAGACGCAACGACAGAGGUCAUCGGACAACGUGCAGAGCUCUGGACGAGAGCAUUGCUAGCUAAGCUGAAGGAUGGUCUCACCGCUUCUGGGAAGAAGCGCCGAUUGACAGGACAUUUCUCUUUCGACUUCAUUCAUUCAACCAAGGACGACGAGAUGUACCCUUUGGAAUGCAAUGCUCGAGUGCAUACCGCUAUUAUCCUACUUCCACUAGAUGACAUUGCAGGACGAUACGACCAUGCCGCCGUCGGAACGCUUCGACCGAGACCAAGAUCUCUGCCUCGGUCAUGGAUCUACAACGACCUCAUCAUGCGAUAUCUUCCCAGGAUCAUACCGGACUCCUCCGUCCUCAGCUUGAUCCACCCCUCUCUUCCCGCCUGCCUGCCUCGAGACAAUGGUCCGAGGCCAUUUGAAAACCCUCUCCGACUUCGAGUCGAUCCAUCGCUCGUCGCAGACGAUCCAAUACCCUUCCUCGUCUUGUGGCACCUCUGGUGGCCCAGCAUUCUACUCAAGUGGUGGUGGCAAGGUCGAAGAUGGACAAGGCUCAACGUUAGCACCGGGCGGAUCUUUGAAGCAUGAUGCAUAAGGGCUAGCCGAUUCUUCUAGACAUCUAUGGUA